ACAGCUUUCAUAUUCUCUGACUUCUCCUUCCUUCCAUAUGUAAUGUUUGUGGUUCAUGUUUCUUGAAACCAGUCAAAACCAUCAUCAAUCCAAACUCUCCAUAGACUAUGUUUAAACCCUCAACUCUUCUUACACCGCCUUCUAUUUCACCCUUUUCCCUUCUCUCUUUUUGCCCACACAAAUACAUACACACCGCUCUCCAAACUUUGACAUGUUAAACCCUCAAAGCUCCAUCACCAAUGGCGAAAACGACCACCAUCACGACCAAGCCGAUCACUACCAUCAGGAAGAAGAACCCAACAUCAGAGACAUCCAUGCCUUGAGCCCACCUCAUCCCCCUCCGGUGAAUCGUGGUCGUAGAAGAGAGACUUGGGAGACUAGCAGCCAUCGAUCAUCGUCCUUGUCCGUGUCCAGUGAAGGCGCUUUGAGUGAAAAUUUCACAACCAUGAGUAGAGAAUUCAACGCUCUCGUUCUUGCUGGUUCCACUAUAGAGACUAAUGAAAGUGAUGUCAUGAUGAAUAACAAUAAUAAUAAUCAGUUAGCGAGGAUUGGGGAGGAUGAGAUACCGGAAGAGACUAAUCCUUUGGCUAUAGUACCGGAUAAUAGUCCGUUGGAAUCGGGUUUAGAUUCGAUACGGGCGGGUUCUGUUGGCGGCGUUCAUAGUGAUGUUUCUGUGCAAAGAGUAAAGAAAGAAGAGGUGGAGACGAAGAUAUCAGCAUGGCAAAACGCCAAAAUUUCGAAGAUCAAUAAUCGGUUUAAGAGGGAAGAUGCCAUAAUUAACGGUUGGGAAAGUGAGCAAAUUCAAAAGUCAAACUGUUGGAUGAAGAAAGUUGAGAGGAAGCUAGAAGAGAAAAGAGCGAGAGCCCUGGAGAAGAUGCAAAAUGAUGUGGCCAAAGCACACAGGAAAGCUGAAGAGAGGAGGGCGUCAGCGGAGGCCAAGAGGGGAACCAAGGUGGCCAGAAUUCUCGAAGUUGCAAAUUUGAUGAGGGCUGUUGGCAGAGCUCCUGUCAAACGAUCUUUCUUUUAAUUAAGUUAUCUAUAAUUAAUUUAAUUAAGCCUUAUUAUUAUUAUUAUUAUCAUCAUCAUAUAUAAUCCUCAAGCAGCUCUUCAUUCUUCUAAACAAGAAGAAGAAGAUUUUAUUUCUUCUUUUCAAAGAAGAGCAAGUGUGGACAAAAUUAUUGCCCUUAAUAUGAGGCAAUUUCUUGCCAUUUGAAUGUUGUGGAAUAGGGAAGCGAAGAGACAACGCACUACCCUAAAAAAGAAAGAAAGAAAUUUAAGUGUAAUUUUGAGUGCUUGGAAGAAAGGUGUGUUGGUGGACCAAAUUUAAUACGACAGUUUGUAAAUUAUUAGUAGCUAAUUUUAUUGGUAGAGAAAGAUUUAGUGCUUA